UUUUGCGGGAUACAAAAACCGCACGUUAUAUGCAUCACACAUAAGGCUAGCCUAAACAAUCCGUGAGUCUAGAUAGGAAAGAUGGCAUCCAGGUGGUUCCCAUAUCUGCAUUGUUGUGACGUGUAUACUUUUCUGUGUGUUCUUAGAAAAAAUGGAUCGUUUUAUUUAGAUCUGCAAUAUAUGGACAAAAUUACAGAACUCAUUGAGACGCGGGGAUUUAAAUGGAUAACUUUGAAUCCGCAACAGUAAAUUAGGCUACGCAUAGAAACGCGUAAUCAAAUAUUCUAGAACGUUCAGAACAAAGAACUUAAAGCAGGAUAAUCAAUAUGGAAAUACUGAAGCCAGAAUGACGAGUUACGUAGAUGGCCUAGUUUGGUACGAUUCCCAGUCCUACAUUUAUUUUCAUUUGCUUUGGAGCUGGUUGUGUAAAUUCUAAGCGGGGCGUUCUGAAGCCAUUACUUCCGCUUUGUUGUCACUCCCCUACUCCGUUCAUUCGAGGCUGUUGGGUAUUGUCAUCUAGCUACGUUGUUACAAGCAAUAGCAACAUUGCAGCGUUGAUCGACGGUAGUUGGCGAUGGCGGUUGAAGGGGGAAGCAUGUCUUCCCGUGUGAAGUAUGGUACCGUCGUGUCUCUCGUGGUAGUUGUGUUUGCGUACUGGUACCGAUCGCCUGUUCAAGAUGCACACUUGGACGAGAGGCUGGACAACGUUUUGUCUUCCCUGCUCAGAGCUGAACGCAAAGCGGACAUCAAUGGCUUUACAAGACCCAGGGUGGCCAUAGGGUUCGGGGGCUGUGUGGACAUCAUCGUGGACGGCGUGGCACUGCUGAACAAAAUCGGCCUGCAGCCUAGAGCCCAGCCUCUUCACCAUGACUACAUCCAGAAUGCCGACCAGCUGGCCCAGAGCUUCGCCUACUUCUUCCCCCCGGGAGCUGCCUCAGAGAGGUUUGUGGUGAACGAGACCCUCUUCAGUCAGCUGGUCGAGGCCUCCCGGGAGCUUCCUGACAACCGUUGGUCGGUUGGGGGAAACGCGCCCGUCAUGGCGGGUCGCAUGGCGGAGGAGGGGUGCGACGUGCUCCUGGGAGGAAACUUCAGCCCCGACUUCACUGACGUCCUCUCCCAACACAUCACGGUGGUAGGUAAGACAGUGGAGGAGCCAGACAUCCACCUGAUUCUGGAGUACCCUGCAGGGGCCACCUGGGGCCAGUACACCUCUCGCAGGGCCAACAGGUACAUUGUGCACAGCGACGAUCACAAUCCAUACUUGGCAUCCAUAGAGGAAUUUGAGAGGGAGCUGCAGGGCUUCAAGCCUGACCUGGUGGUGGUUGGUGGCCUCCAGAUGAUGGACAACUUCCCUUUUAAACAAGGUGAGCGCGAGGCCCUGCUGGGCCGCCUGGGGGGCCUGCUGUCCUCGGUUGAUCUGGAGACGGGGGUGCAUUUCGAGAUGGCCAGCUUCGUGGACUCGGACCUGCUGGGCGACCUGCAGGAGCUGGUGCUCCCGUGGGCCGACUCGCUGGGCAUGAACGAGCAGGAGCUGCCCAACCUGCUGAGCCUGCUGCGGGGCAGCACCGUGACCGUGCUGUCCGACCCCAACCCGCGCGUGGCCACCGUCCUGGACCAGAUGCGCGAGCUCUACCGCCUGGUCAACGAGCGGCACCGCGGGUCCGGCCGGGGCCGGCGGCUCACCCGCCUGCACGUGCACACCCUGGCCUUCCAGGCCCUGGCGGUGGCCCGCGGCUCCCGCUGGAAGAACACCAUGUCGGCCACGGCCAAGGCCUCGCUCACCGCCAACCGGCACGUGUGCGGGUCGCCCGACAUCGACCCGGACAAGGCCAAGCUCAUCAUGGACGAGUCGUUCUCCGUCAGCCGCCGGGAGGGCAGCCAGCGCAUCCACCUGCGGGACACCCGGCCCGUGUCCUGCUGGGACGAGGACGACUACCAGAUCUGCGUGGCGCCGGUGCUGGUGUGCACCGACGUCCACCAGACCGCCGGCGGGGGGGACAACAUCUCGGCCGCCGGCCUGGUGCUGCAGAUCUGACGGCCGCAGUGGCCGCCCCGCCCCUCAGGAGGGCGCCAAAGGGACCAGCGAACUCCACGCGGCCUGGAUACCCUUAGGGGGCGAUCUGCCCCGCUGAAGAGACCAACUAAUGUGAAGAUUUUUUUUUUUUCCUUUUUUUGUUUUGUUUUUGUUUUCCGCUGCCCUUUUUUGUUUUAGUGUUUUUUCAGGGAUUCCUCGUGCAAUACGAAAACAGGGUGGCCUGACGCGGUGCUGAAGCGCAGGCCUUUCCACUUUUCACAUUUCCAUUUACUUUCACACCUUUUGUUUUUCCUUUUGUGGCCUCUUGAAGUUGUGUGUCUGUAGUUCUUUGUUGUUGUUGUUGUCUUACUUCUGCCGUCUUUCAACUGUUUUCACCUAAACCCCGUAACCACUUACUCAGAAAUGAACGGGAUGUAAGCUGUAUACUAAUAACAUAUUCAGUUGCUGGAGUCACACUUUUGAUUUUUUUUUCUGUCUCCACAAGAGUGUCGUGCACAGCACCAUCAGAGUAUGGAUGACAGUGGGUAAAUGUAAGGUUAUGACCAUAUACGUUUCACCUCUUACCUGAAAACCCCAACCAAUGCAAGUUUACAACCUGAUAUUUCUGAAGGCACAAUAUUCUCACUACACUCUUUAUUUUCUCUUGGAUUGCUUACUUCUGGGCCAUAUGAUAUUCUGACCUCUACACAUCAACCUGGUUACAGCAGAUGGACCAGGGUCAUCUCCCGUUUCCAUGUGAAGAAUCUUGGCUGGCUAUAAAAAAUAAAAAAACCUUUGACUUCUGUGCUUGUAAAUAAGUAGGAAUGCAGGGCUUCGGGAUCAAUUUGAAGUGAUAGCUAAAAUUGCUAAAUACAAUUUGUUUGGCUUUUACCCCCUGAAGAGGUUUAUUCUUCAGUAUUUAUGAAGUAAAUAUUGUAUUGGGAAUGCUGUCACCAUGUAGUCAUUGUAUUUACAAGAGAAGAAAAUGAGUUCUUCUAAAAUUCAGUUGAGGCAGAAGUGCAGGGAUUCAUAUUGACAAGCUGGAAUAUUAACAGAUGGUUCAUCUCAUUUUAAACUGUUUUUUUUAUCAAUUAAAUCAUAUUUUUAAUUUACAGCAUUAAUAGUCCCUUUUAGCCUUCCCUAGUAUCUCCACCAGAUAUUUUGUUUGUAGGGUGUGGAAAAGCAACUGAAAAAUUUGACUCAAAAUUUGGAUGCAUGGCAAUUUUGCCAAGGUCACUGGUUGACAGGGCAUAUCCCAUACCCAAGCACAGAGAGUCAAGGAAUAUUUAUCCUGAAUUGUGAAGGUAAAGACAGUAUUUUUAACCAUUGUUGAAGAAGCUUUUGAUACCCCCUGUAGACUCAGGGAGGAAAAUGACUAUAAGUUAAGCAUACGCAAGCUCACCUUGUGCUGUGAAGAAGUAAGUAGUCUCCAAGAUUUUGCCAGUUCUGGCCAGCCUGUAGCCAUUGGAUUGAUGUGUAGAGGCCUUUUCGAAGAAGGAUUUGUGUUGUUUUAAUUUGUUCAGUAUGAUGAAUUGCCUAUUUUAAGUUGCUGGAUUUCCUGGGGUAGGCUGUACUCACAAUUUUUGUGCUGAAAUACAAAAAAUUUCAUGCGGUAAUCAACAGUCCAAUGAUGUGUUUGUAUUAUAUACAAUGUAGAGGGAAAAUACUUUGAUUUUAGUGACUGUGUUAAUUCCUGUGGAAAUCCCCAGGAAAAAGAAAACACAUUUCAAUAACUGCAGGGGAAGUGACCAAAUUCAAUAAACUUACCCGGGGGUGAUGACCAA